AUGGGGGAGAUAUACGACCAAUCGCGGAAUGACGCAUUACAACGUCUGAACCAAACUCUGCUUCAAAUCGACCCUUACAUCCUACCUCCAUAUCCCAACCUCUCCAUUGUCGCAGGACCAUUGGACCCACCACUACUUCAACUAACACUAUCGCAACUGCUCCAGCGGCAGGUCGAGUGCUACCCGGACAAUGAAGCCGUCGUCAUUCCCUGGACAGGUGCGCGGUGGACGUACAAGAAGCUAUGGGAGGAGUCAAGUUUGCUCGCAAGAGCACUACUGAAAGAGGGAGUGCGGCCGAGAGAUAGAAUAGGAAUCAUGAGCGGGAACUGCGAGAAGUACAUUGCGCUCUUCUUUGCGUGUGCGAGAGUAGGCGGCAUCUGCGUUACCCUCAACAAUACGUAUACGGCGACGGAGAUGGAGUAUGCGCUGAAGCACACCAAAUGCAGAAUACUGUUUACUACACCUACGAUCGCGCGAUUCGACAAUGGGCCGUUGCUUGAGAAGCUCAGUCAAGACGAUAUCAGCUCCACACUACCAGACCUCAAGACCGUGUGCCUGAUACGCGGUCAACACGACAGCUUCAUCUCCUACUCUUCCCUUAUCGAAGAAGCCCAAUACAUUCCCGAGCAUAUCCUAGACAUCUUCGACGGCAUAAUAAGUCCCUACGAUGUCGUAAACCUGCAGUUCACGAGCGGUAGUACUGGCAACCCGAAGGCUGCCAUGUUGACACACCACAACCUCAUCAACAACUCCCGCUUCAUCGGCGACCGCAUGGAUCUCACACCGAACGACACCCUCUGCUGCCCACCACCUCUCUUCCACUGCUUCGGUCUCACCCUCGGUCUCCUCGCCUGCCUCACACACGGGGCGAAGAUUGUCUUCCCAGCCGAACAAUUUGAUCCAGUUGCCUGUAUGCAGGCUAUCGACGCGGAGCGCUGCACAGCCUUACACGGUGUACCAGCUAUGAUGGAAUCUAUAAUGGACGUGCCACGGCCGGAAGGCUGGACGAGCGAUCUGAGGACAGGCAUCGUGGCGGGAAGUCCGGUGCCGAAGUGGUUGAUGGAGCGCAUGGUCAACGAGCUUAACAUGUCGGACUUCACGUCUUCGUAUGGGCUCACCGAGGCUAGCCCGACGGUGUUCAACGCACACACAACUGACUCGCUGCAUGCGCGGUUGACUACUGUCGGAACGGUGCUGCCACACGCGCGCGUCAAGAUCGUCGACCAUCAGGAUCGCGUCGUGCCCAUCGGCGUCAGAGGCGAACUCUGCGUCGCUGGAUACCAAGUCUGCCGCGGAUACUGGGAGAAUGCUGAGAAGACGGCGGAGCUCAUCGUUCGCGACGAGUAUGGCGAGCCUUGGCUUCAUACUGGUGAUGAGGCGGUUCUAGAUGUGGAUGGAUACUGCACCAUCACCGGGCGGUUCAAGGAUAUCAUCAUUCGAGGAGGCGAAAACAUCUACCCCCUCGAAAUCGAGGAACGUCUCGUCGCACACCCAUCCAUUGCCCGCGCGAUCGUCGUGGGCGUCUCGCACCCUCGCUACGUCGAAGUGCCCGCUGCCUUCCUCCUACACGAGCCCAACACGGAUAAGCCAGACUUGGCUGAGGUGCAGGGCUGGGUGCGGAAGGUGCUGGGCAGGCACAAGGCGCCUAUGCAUAUCUUCUGGUUGGGAGAGGACUGCGAUUCCGAGGUGCCGUUGACGGGUAGUGGUAAGAUCAAGAAGUUUGUGUUGAAGGAUGUUGCGGAGGGUUUGUUGAAGCCCGCGGAGGGGAGACUCGCGCCCCGCCUACAGCAAACACCGAAAUACGCUUUCGCAGGACAACGAGCGAAUAUGGCGACCGUGAGCGGCGAUGCGCCAGUAGCCACGGCCAAGACUUCGAGCCCACAACACUUCAUGUGCACGAGCGGAGAGACGGACCCUGUCUGGAUUCACCACUUGCCGUACAAGAGCAUCCCCAAGUUCCCCAAGCUUGACAAGGACCUCGAGACGGACGUCUGCAUUGUCGGCGCCGGCAUCUCCGGUGUCUCAGUUGCUUAUGAGCUCGUCACUCGUGGCCUGAACGUCGUCUUGAUCGAAGGCCGAGAGGUACUUUCAGGUGAAACUGGACGUACCAGCGGUCAUCUCGCCAACGACCUAGACGACGGCUACACUGCGAUUGCGAAGAAGCACGGGGACAAGGGCGCAAAGGCGGCCGCCGAAUCACAUACCUGGGCGCUCAACCGCGUCGGCGAGAUCUCCAAGCAGCUGGGCAUUGAGUGCGAGUACCGCCAUCUUCCCGGCUACGACUUCUCGCAAUACCCCAAAGACUCAAAGGACCAUGCGAGCGACAUCAAGACUCUCAUCGAAGACGGCGACAAGGCGAAGGCGCUCGGUAUCCCCACGGAAUACAAGGAGGGUUUCAAGCUCAAGGGAUGGGAAGGCAGCAUUGAUCAAAGCGAUGCCGUCAUAUACCCACAGCAGGCGACGUUCCAUCCCACCAAGUACGUUGUUGGUGUGCUCGAUUUUCUCAAGCAGCAGUCCAACUUCUCGUGCUACACCAACACUCGAUGCAUCGACGUGCAGGAGAAGGGCGUAGAGAUCAUGGGCAUGGGCCACAAAGAUGUCUACGUCAAGACAGCCGACGGAAACACCAUCAAGUGUGCUGAUGCCGUCGAGGCUACUUGUGUCCCGCUUCAGAAGCUCUCUGUCAUUGCCGAGGAGGAGUACUUCCGCACCUACUGCAUUGCUAUUCGCGUACCCAAGGGUUCAGUCGAAGACGCCCUAAUCUACGAUUCGGCCGAAAUCUACAAGUACAUACGUCUCACCGAGUGUGACGAGAAGGAUGACUACAUGGUCGUGGGUGGAGGUGACCACAAAGUUGGCCAAGCCGACACCGUCGCACCCUUCAAGGAGCUUGAAGAAUGGACACGCGCCCGCUUCCCACAAGCAACCACAAUCGAUUACAAGUGGAGUGGUCAGGUCUUCGAGCCCGUCGACCACAUGGCGUUCAUCGGCAAGAACCAAGGAAACAAGCACAUCUACAUCAUCACCGGUGAUUCUGGCAACGGUCUGACUCACGGCGUCCUCGCCGGAAAGCUUAUCGCAGACUCGAUCACUGAGCAACCCAAUUCCUGGAUCGCCGCCUACGACCCCAAGCGUCUAGCUUCCAUCGCAAAGUCCGCAACCAGCAUGAUCAGCCACGACCUCCAGAUCAACGCCCAGUACAAGCGCUUCGCUCAGUCGGAUAUCAAAGACAUCGAAGACCUCGUACCCGGUGAGGGCGGUGUUCUCAACACCAACCCCACUAACCCGCUCGCUGUGUACAAGGAUGAGGGUGGCCAGGUUCAUAAGUUCUCCGCGCUUUGCCCGCACCUGAAGGGCGUGGUCUGCUGGAAUACGACUGAGAAGAGUUGGGAUUGCCCGGUUCAUGGGAGCAGGUUUAGUAAGGAUGGUGUGCAGCUGUGUGGGCCGGCGAAGAUGGGUCUUGGGCCUGCGAAUGAGAGUGGUGAGAAGAUGCAGCAGCAGGCUAUUAAGGGCUGA